GAUAACGCAGUGAUAAUUCGGACGUCAUUCCGUCUGUGCUCACUUCUGCUUCUCAUGGUUUCGGCUUCCGUCGAAUUUACACCAGCAUGGCGCAUGAACAGACUCCGUUGUUGGGCAAAGGCGACCGUCCGCCGACCGGCCAAGGCUACUUCAGUAGGAUUUUGGCGGGCUUAGUUGGUGUCUUCCUCGCGAGCGCAGAUAAGUCCAUUCUGUUGGCGACUCAAGGCGAGAUCGCCUCGUCGCUGCAUUCGCCGUCCAGUGCGUCGCUGCUGCUGGUCAUCUACAAUGUGGGAUUCUGCAUCGCAUUGCCGGUGUAUGGCUUCCUGAGCGACAUCUACGGUUGUCGACGAUUCCUUCUUUCGGCGUACGGCCUCUUCGCGGUUGGAUGUUUGAUCUCUGGCAUCUCCGAUACCCUAUGGCCCUUUGUUUUGGGUCGCUUGAUCUCAGGAAUGGGCGGUGCAGGCAUGACCGAUCUCCUGUCGGUUCUGGUGAACGAAAUGUUCGACAUCACGGAAGUCGCAUCAGUGCGAAGCUACAUCAUCGCAGCUGGGAUCGUCGGCCAGGGCUGUGGAGGACCCUUGGGGGCGUUAGUCGCCGACCUGGUCGGCUGGAGAUGGUCUUUGAUCGGUCAAACCCCCAUCGCGAUGCUCUGUCUGGCUCUCGCGCAAUGGCAGUUCUCGACUACCCCGGCCACUGAGACACACUCAACCAAGCACCUGAGUCUGUGGAACUUCGACUACUGUGGGGUGGCCAGCUUUUUCAUCCUGGUCACGUCUUUCAUCCUAGCGACCACCGAGGGGGGAAUCGCCUACCUCUCGUCUCAGACUCCAGCCUUGCUCGCCGUCUCGGGGAUCUUUCUCAUGGUAUUUGUGCUGAUUGAGCGGUUCGGGACCAAGCACCCCAUUAUCCCCCCUUCGAUUGUCUGUUCCCCGGGGCUUGGGGCCAUCUUCGGUGGCCAGGUCAUCUACUUCGCUACCGUCACCACCAUCUUGAACAACCUACCCGCCUACCUCUACCGAAUUGACCACCUCUCCAACUCCGCCAUCGCGAUCCGCAUCUGGCCUGCAGCCCUAGGCCUGAUCUCCGGGUCCAUCAUCGCCGGCAAAGCCCUCAGCAGAAACCUCCAAUCCCGCAAACUCUCCCUCAUCGCCCUCUUCAUCACUCUCGUCUCGCUAACCCUCAUGGUCCUCCGCUGGCUGCACGGCAUCCAGCCCCUCGAAGUCCUGUACUGCUUCCCUUGGGGCAUCGGCGGCGGCCUCUUUCUGUCGGCGCAGUUCAUCGCGCUGACAAUCCGGGCGCCCGCGGAGCAGCUGGCCAGCGCCAUCGCCGUGUACCACCUCGCGCAGCAGGUGGGCCAGAUCGUGGGGACGAGCGUCAGCGCCGCCGCGCUGCAGCGGGUGUUUCGGGCGCGGGUGGCCGUAGGGUUGGGGGAGGUCGCAGGGAAGCGGGAGUUGAUCGAGCAUAUCGUCCAGGAUUAUAACUUCACCAGCACGCUGCCGCACGGGAUCCAGCUGGCCGUGCAGGAGAGUUUUAUCGAGGCGUAUCGGAUUAUUCCGGCAUCCGCUCUACUCCUUUCCGCGAUCGUGGGGUUAAUCGUGCUGUUCCCGAAGAAGGAGCAGGUCGAGGAGUGAGGGGGCUUCCCCCGGGCCUCCAGGCCACCCCACCAUUAUCGGUAUCGUCUCAGUGAGAAGCACAACCUGAAGUAGCUUCCUGGGUAUGAGUAAUAUGUAAUGUCAAAUUGUCGAUAGUUAUGAUGGAGAGGUUAAAAGCAUGAUCCUUU